AAUUCUUAGGAAUUAUAAUUUUGCAAAUUUGACUAGGCAAUUGUAACAAAAUACUGCAGAUGAUGUUUAGAUUUGCUUGUUUUUAUGUGAAUAUUGUCUGAUAAGACAAUGAACAAACUAGAAGUAAUUUAGCGUAUUUAUUGUUGUGCUUUUUUAAAUAUAUCUGUAAAGUGGAAUUUGUUUUUAGUUAAAGUACAUCUACAGAUUGAAAAUAUGGAACCACAAGAAAAUGUAGCACCUAAGGUAGAAACUAGAGAAGACGAAGAACAAGGAAAAAAAUUGUUUGAAACUAUAGAGUUGUUAUUAGCUGCUGGGUACUUUCGAGCAAGAAUCAAAGGAUUGUCUCCUUUUGAUAAGGUAGUUGGUGGUAUGGUUUGGUGCAUAUCAACUUGUGACUUUGAUGUUGAUGUUGACCUUUUAUUUCAAGAAAAUUCAACGAUUGGUCAAAAAAUUGCUUUAACAGAAAAGAUUGUGGCUGUUUUGCCAAAAAUGAAAUGCCCACACCGCAUUGAACCCCAUCAAAUUCAAGGACUUGAUUUUAUUCACAUUUUUCCUGUCAUACAAUGGUUGGUUAAGAGAGCUAUAGAGACUAGAGAAGAACUUGGAGAUCAAAUUCGAGCUUAUUCAGUGUCACAAUUUAAAAAGCAUUAUUCUCUGCCUGAGGAUGAUGAACAUGAUGCAAAACAGCACAAGUGCAUUCAGGCUGUAAACACAUUAAAGGAAUCGUAUAAGCCUAAACGUAUGUAUAAAAAGCCAGCAUCAUUUGUCGAUACUGACGAAGAGACUCAGGUACACAGUACUUUGCUUGAAUAUGGGCGGCGUUAUGGUGCCAGUAAAGCGACAAAGUCUGACAAAGAUUCAAGUGCCCAACAAAAAGCUGUAUCUGCUGGUUUGAUUAAAGUUGAAGAAACAGUGGAUAAUGAAAGUGAGGAAAAAAGAAUAAAAGCAUUAAUGGAAGGCAUGUCAGAGGCAGAUAUACAACAGAUGUUGUCAUCGAGAACUGUGGGAUCUAUAGUUGGCCUUCAAUCUGAUGCAAUAUCUGAAAUAGCAAUGGAAUAUGCAAAACGACAGGAGGCUUUACAACAAGAAACAAGUGAAUUGAAGGCUGGAAAAACUGGUGGAACACAAAACCAUAAACGACAGGUUGCCAUUAUGGAGAAAGCCAUUGAAGAAGAAAAAGCAAAACUGGAAGAGGAGAAGAAAGGACUUGAUGAAAUUGUUGAAUCUUAUCAGAGAUCUAAAGAUAAUCUUAGUGAGAAAACAGAAUUUAAAGAGAAAUUAAGUAUAGAGAGUGAAAAAUUAGUUGCUAUGGAAACAGAAGAGUCAAAGAGCAUUCUAUCAAGUCUUCGCUCCUUAGUUGCACUGAACGAAAGUUUAAAAAAACAGGAACAAGAAUUUAAAGCUCAUUGCAAGGUGGAGCUGCAGGAAAUCGAGGAAAAAAUAAAUGCUGUACAGCUGGAUAAUUCAGCAGAAAAUAAUGCUGAAGUGGAGAGAAUGAAUUUGAUAAAUGAACAGUAUGAUAAUGAUGCUGAAAAAUUGAGAAAAAUUCGACUUCUUUUGGCAAAGAAAAAUCGUGAAAUCGCUUCAUAUCAAUGGAAAAUUGACGAUGUUCCAUCCCGUGCAGAAUUGUCUCAAUACCAAGGUCGUUUUAUAGAACUUUAUAACCAAGUGGCGUCGACACACAAAGAAACGAAACAGUUUUACACUUUAUACAAUACGUUGGAUGAUACGAAAAUUUAUCUCGACAAAGAGGUUGGAUAUCUAAAUUCGAUUCAUGACGGUUUUGAACAGGCUUCCGUGCAAUCUGCGCAAUCGAAGACGGAAUUUUUACAGCAACUUGAAAAAAUAGUUCAUGGUGUCAAACAAAUGAAGGAUAAGGUUGAGAAGAGGAAGGCAAAGGAGAAAGAAAAAAGAGAUUCGCUCAACGAUAAAUAUAUGGAGUUAGUUGAAAAACAAAGAUUAUACUUCAAGACUGUUCGCGAUUUUCAAGAGGAAUGCAAGAAGAGUGAAAUUAUACAAUCCAAACUCCACGCUGUAGGUAUUCAAUCCUAAAAUACUCAGGUGGUUGGGAUCAAGCAACUCUUAAUUUUUGUGGAAAUUCCCUUAUGUAAAUCUAUGAUUAUUUUUUCACUACUUUUUUGUAUUGUGUUACUUCGCUGGAAAAGUUCAGGUUUUUAACAACCCCCUCUAUCACGCGAAACUUAGAAGUAAUUCCUACUUUUUGUUAAAAAGAAACAUCGUUUUUAUUAGGAUGACUAGAAAUGAUUACUACAUGUAAAGAGCACACGAAAACUAAAUUAACGAAAAUAUUUUAUAGUUAUUUUAUAUACGUAAAUAGAAUCCGUGUUACAUAAAUUUUGAAUAGAUUUCUUUAAGACAUAUCAAACUUGUGUGUUACUUACUAGCCGCGCAUGCGCAUGGCUGACGUCACUUGGCUAAGCCUUCUCGUAUGAAGACAAACUUGACUCCUUUAAGCUGACAAUGUUGACGUUAAAAAGCAGAAGUAAACUCAUUAUCACGUUUAUUUGUCCAAGACAAUCCUUGGGCGAUUCGUGCCGACAUGUGUCACGAAGUUUAAUCCUGAGAAAGUAUGUGUAAGCUUGUUGUAAUCCGGUAAUCUGGUUGUAAUCCGGUAAUCUAGUUGUGUUGGAUCACUCCUUUCUCAUGAAGAGUUUUCAUCUUAUGAAUACGAAACAUAACAUAAGGAUCUGAUUCGGGUCCAAUUUAAAACUGUCUGCUUUUUGGAAAAAUUUGUGUUGGAUUUACAGAAAGUUUUGUUACAAACGAAAAAUUUACCGUUAACUGUAAACUACGAUUUUAUAAAACUGCCAGUUAAAUGCUGUAAAAGUCAACAUUUUGUUGAGACUGUCUUCAAACUUGCAUGUACACAACCAUCAUCCCGAAAUUUGUAAAAGCUGAGACAAAUUGUAAUAUUUUUA